AUGCGUUCUUUGAUGGUUACGUCAUUCGAAGACCACGCCGAAGCAAUUUGUAGAACAGUACGAAGUAGCACUGCGAUGUAAGGUAGAGAAAGAGUUCCAGGCUGAUUUCAAAUCUUUUUCGCAAAUGGUCCCAUGUGCAAUGCAAUACGAAAUGGAGCUACAAUUUCAGUCAGUUUAUACCAUUGCAAAAUUCAGGGAAGCUCAGGAUGAGUUCACGGGGAAGGUUUACUGCAAUGUCAUAUCUACUUUGGAAAGAGAUACGUUGACGAUGUAUGAGGUGCGCGAGGAUGUUAUGCAUGAGGGGCGACGAAGGAAAAAAACAUUCUUCGUCUCAUUUGAGAGAGAGAACUAUGACAUCGUUUGUAGUUGCCAUUUGUUUGAGUUUAGGGGAAUUCUUUGUCGCCAUUCAAUUACAGUUCUUAUUCGUUGCGAUGUCACAUCCCUUCCGAAGAGGUACAAACUGCGGAGAUGGAGAAGAGACGUUAGUGGGGCACAUACCAGAGUCGCCGUAAAUUAUGAUGGUUUGAUCAGCUCUCCUAAGCAAUUGAGAUAUGAUGAACUGUGUCAUGAGUUUGCAAAACUGGCUGACCUUGCUGCAGAUGACGAAGGGCGGUCGCGUGUGAUACUGGAUUGGAUAAAACUUCAGUGCAAAGAUCUUUCGAUGUUGAAAAUGUCGCACAGUGGAAGCAAUGUGAUCGCACAUCAUACUAUUCAAGUAGCCGAUCAGUGUACCAACUCCCAGAACGAUGCCAACGUGAAAAUAAGAGAUUCGAAAUUGUCGCGUAGAAAGGGAGCGCCCAAAAAACUGAGGACAAAAGGUCCACUGGAGUCGAGUUCGAAGAACACAAAGUCAGCAUCAAGCAAAGGAAGGAGACCUAUUGGACGACAUACUGGUACACAAGAGAGCGCUGUCCACGUUCAUGAAGCUCAAAAACAAAACUACUCAAUGCAGCCUCCGCCUCCUUGCCUACAAUAUUCGAUGCCAUCAACAUUUCCCGUCUCACAGUAUACUUUUGUGACACCAUUCUCACAUUCAGGGGUAUUACCGAUGUCAAAUUACAUCGUACCAUCGUCAUCAAAUAUUAUGCAUAGUUCUCAAGGUCAACCAAUGCCAUACUAUCAUCCAUAUUUAUCAGACCAUGGAGGCUCAGGCAUUCUAUAAAGAAGUAAUGCCUGGUUUUGAUGUCUUGGGGAAAAAAAAUCUUUAUUUCUCAAGAACGUUUCGAAAUGGAGCAAAAAUGAAACUUUUGGAAAUGGGCAGGUUGCUAUUGUCAAAGACAUAAGGGAAUCAAUGCUUGAAGAUAUUUACAUGACCUGGGACUUACUACGCAGGCUACAGCUAUUUAUAAGACCUGGGACUUCAUAUUUGGCAAAAGUGUACCCCCAGAUCAGUUGCUUGGGCACUCAUACAAUUGUUAAAUGCUGUACAUUAUGUGGAUGGAUAUUGAAUGGUCUUUAGGAGUUCACUAUUGUUGUUAUGGUCUCAUUAGGCAUGUUGAACUAAGAAAUGUAAUUAAGUUCUAUCAUUUUUAAUAUGGUUGAAAGCUUAUUUGAUCAACCAACAAAUGUAUUUAAGUUCUGUCACUUUUAAUAUGUUAUAAAGCUUAUUUGUUCAAUUAA